AUGCGGGACUAUUGCGGCCUACGUUUCUGUAAAAGGAUUGAAGACAUCCAGGAUCCUAAGUUGAAAAAAGCAGAGAUCUUCGUUCAUUUGGGCAGAGCAAGCGAUGCCGAGAAAGAAUACCUUGAACAGGACCGCCGGGAUCUGGCCAUUGAUAUGCACAAAAAGGCUGAUGAAUGGCUGCGAGUGUUACGAUUGGUAAGCGCUAGCUCAACGGCUGCCGACGACAAGCAACGUAUCGAAGCGCUCACGAACGUAGCCGAUUAUAAUCGAGACCGGCAGCGAUGGAAGGAGGCCGCCGAUCAUUAUGAGCUAGCUGGAAAACUUGAUCAACUUAUGGUGUGCUAUAUACAUUUGGAUGACUUCUAUGGUUUGGAGGCUUUAGCCAAGCAACUUCCAGACAGCCAUCCAUUGCUUGCGCGAAUCGCUGAAUUGUUCGCCUCAUCGGGUCUGUGUGAACAAGCCGUGCAGUGUUUCCUAAGAUGUAAUCUGACUGCAGACGCCUUAGACACGUGUAUUCAAUUGAACAACUGGGAUAAGGCCGUCUCCCUAUCCCGCACUCACAAUUUGCAAGAUGUAAACGUACUCAUGGGCAAGUAUGUGAAGGAGUUAAGCGAAAGCAGUGAGCGAUCGCUUGCCGCUGUGCAACUCUAUCGAAGAGCUGGACGGUUUCUAGAUGGAGCUCGAGUUGUCUUCAGGCUAGCUGAGGAAGAACGUAAAAAAGCUGCUACGUGUCUUCGCCUAAAGAAAAUGUACGUGUUAGCUGCCCUUCUGAUCGAAGAAUACCACAUGAACAACAAGGCCCGUUUGGCCAAGGAACAAAAGGAUGCUUCCGAUACGAACGUAGCUUUGAAUGAGCUACUGGAAGGAGAUGGAGAUCUUUCAAUGGAAGACAGCAGAAUGAUCGAUCGGGCCUGGACCGCUGCACAAGCUUACCAUUUUGUGAUGCUGGCUCAACGGCAACUGUACGAUGGUGAUCACUAUGGGGCCAUGAAAACAAGCCUCUACCUGACUCAAUUUGAAGCAUACAUUGAACCUGUGGAGAUACACUCAUUACUCGCACUAUCAUCCUGUGCAUGUCGUCAGUUUUCCGUAUGCAGCCGUGCGUUUAUGAGACUGGAAUCACUCGCUGAUCCCCAAUCUGAAGAGAGACGUGCAUACCAGAAACUAGCUUUGGAGCUGUUCAGCCGGUAUCCUCCUACGGAAAACCAGGCGAAAACAGCUAACUGCACCGGCUGUGAUAAAGCAAUAGCGGAUUACGAGUUCUCUUGCUCAUACUGUGAAACGAAAGUACGAUUUUCACUUCUUCAAUCUCUAUUUGUUAUUUUGAAUGAGGAAUGUAUUCAGAGCCAUUAA